UAUCACGUGUCGAUUACGGCGGUGCUGGCCGGUCUGUUGUCACGCGAAAUCGUACCACACGAGUUAUAAUAUGAUCAUAACCUACUGUACAUUACACCGCGAUACAUAUUUAAAUCACGAUAUCGACCGACCGAUCCAACAAAUUAUUGUAAUAUAUCAAAUUAUUCGUGGAGCAAAUAUUAUUAUUCUAUUGGUUUUGACUUUUGGUAUAGUAUGGAUCGAGUGUUCAAUCAUUUGCGGUAUGUCCGGUGUCCAACGUGUUCCCGCGUUUUCUGUUGCACCAAACACCGGGUGGAGCACGAGCGGCGCGUGCAUGUCGCGGUUCCGGGAGGGGCGGUGAUCAGGCGCCGUUUCCGGUCGUCGCAGGUUCUGCCGCAGUCGGGAAAACAGCAGACGGUCCACUCCUCUAACGGUCGGAAGAGAUUACACGGCGUGGCCAGCACCUCGACCACGGCACAGUCCAUCGGCAGUGGCCUGCGAUUGAUGGAGCAGCGUCAUCACCGCCGGGUGGAGGAGCUGCGCCGGACCGAAGAGCUGCGUUGUACCGAGGAACUGCGCCGGACCGAAGAACGCCGAUGGACUGUGGAACAGCGUGCGGCGAUGAUAGAGAUGUGCGCCAGGACCAUACUCAAGGCUCGUCGGUCCAGUCUGACGACCAUCAGACACUUGCGCCCGGUGGCCGAAAGCAGUCCCGCGGUUCCAUUGCCGCAGCCGUGCACGCCGCAUACCACGUGCACGGACGCAUCGGAGUCUGCGACCACGCCCGCCGAGUGGUCGGUAGUCGUUUCGUCGGUGGGCAGCCCGCCGAGUUUUUACCAGACGCCGAUGCAGACACCGACGCAAAUGUUCCAGGACACGCCGUCGGUACAAAAGCUCCCGGACACGCAGUUGCAAACGCUCUCAGACACGCCGUUGCAAAGGCUCCCGAACAUGCCGUUGCAAACGCUCUCGGACACGCCGUUGAAAAGGCUCUCGAAUAUGCCGUUGCAAACGCUCUCGGACACGCCGUUGCAAAGGCUCCCGAACAUGCCGUUGCAAACGCUCUCGGAUACGCCGUUGCAAAGGCUCUCGGAUAUGCCGUUGCAAACGCUCUCGGACACGCCCGUCAACGAAAAACCACGGUGCAAUGGCGAAAGUGUUAAGCGAGUGUCGUCAAACGAUGGUCCAACGCAAAAAGGAUUUUUCUGGUCGAACAUGGCUCGUCGCUUCCGGUGGGCGUUGCGGUCAACUAAACCCAAAGUCCGCGAGAACGGCUACUGUCCAUCGCCGUCUGCAGCAGCAAACUUGGACUACGUCAUGGUCAAUCCGUACGGCAACAUCAAACCUAGGCGGCCAAUCUGCAACAACGACACGUUGACGACGCCCGUCCAUGCCAGGCCGUCGCUCGAGGCAAUCCGCAAAGCCCACGAAGAAGCGAGCAAGGCAUUUAACAAAUUUAUGACAGAUUAAAAUAUGUUGCCUGUCAAAUGCAAUAGACAUACUUCACUUAGUGACAGGUAAUUUUUUUGUAUACACCUAUGUGUUAUUUAUCUACCGAUUUUAUAUGUUUUUUUAGUUUUAGACUUUUAGUUUUUGUUUAAGACUUGGGGGAUUAAUUGAAGUUUUUAUUUAUAACUUGAUAAUAUUACGAAUUCAUGGAUUUACUGUGUUUUUUUUUCACACGAUUUCAUUAUGUAUUUUUUUUUAUCUGAAAUGUACCAAGUAUUAUAUAAUUGUGUUUAUUUUAUAAAUUAUUUAUUACCAUAACAAAAUUUAAACAUUCGAAAAUUGUCAAUACGUGUCUUGUUCUAAUUGAUCAUUAUUAUGAUGGAAUUUCAUAAUGUGACAUUAAA